AUGGCUGCAGCUUUGAGGAAACAGGGGGAAUUGGGUGAUGCCCACGACUACUGCAGUGAAGCAACACGUCUGUCUCUGGUCUCGGGUGAUCAAUGCACCUAUGCAAAAAGCAUUCGAAUAAUGGGUGACAUAUAUAGAAAGAAGUCUGAAAUAAGUAAUGCCUAUCGCCAAUAUGAAAGUGCCAUGAGUACAGCAUGCUCUAUGGGAGACAGAUUAUGCCAAAUGGAGGCGAUGGAUGGAGCUGCCAGAUGUCUGGAGGCAUUGAGACUGCAGCAGAAAAUUUGUAAUUGCCGACCUCUCGAGUUCAACACCCGAUUAUUAGAAGUCGCAAUGGCUAUAGGAGCAAAGCUGCUCAUUCGAACUGUUCGAGUAAGAUUAUGCAGAAUUUACCAAAGCUUGGGCGAUGAAGAACAUGAAGACGAACAUGCCAGAGCUGCCCAAAGGCUAGAGGAGGAGCUAGAACUUCAAUGUGGAGCAUGCAGUCUUCCAUUCGGUUAUGAUGCUGAUUCUUUGGAAGCACUUCCUUGUGCACAUAUUUUGCAUGCAAGGUGCGCUCACGAGAUACUUAGGAGGAGAGACAAGAAGAAAAAACGUGUCUGCCCAGAUUGUGAAAAAUCGGUCAGUUCAAGAUUGUAUCUGCAAUGCGAAGAUUCUCAUCACUCUACAUUCAGUCUGUCAAGCCUACCAUUGCAUGCCUCAAGUGCUGUCUAG